CUCCUCUCGACAUCAGGUGACAAUGAGGCAUUCAGAGAUCGCAAUCGAUUCAAGCACUCCCCACUGAACAUUCAAGCAGUCCGCACUCCGCAAUCGAUUCACAUCUCUGUCAACCAGAUGGAGACUGGUAAUUGCACGUACGAUGUAACAGCCGAUUAUGUCGUGGAGAGUUGGGGGUCGAUGCACCCCUGGCACAACCAAGCCUACAUUAGGCAUUUUAAGGACCGUGAGUUAUUUUGCCGUGCUUGGUACUCAUCCACUGUGUACACCCAUCCAAGUUUGCUUCGGAGCUUUUGUGGACACGUGUCAUCUAGUGGUCGUUUCUCAAUCGUAUAUGAACGAUAUACUGAAGAUUUCAGGCGGUAUGUACGGGAGGGGAUUGGAAGGGGGGAAUGGUUGAAAAAGAGUACUCAUUAUGGACUAACUCACCUAAUGGUCCACGAUGAUGUUAAAGGAUUGUUACGUAAUUUGAUGGGUUUGCUCAAGUACUUCCACUCCAAAAAAAGAGCCCUUAAUGGAUUUUCACUUGACAAUAUCGUGAUGUGUGGUGAUAUGCCAAAACUUGUGGGUAUUAUUGUGUACCCCUCUAAUGAUGAUCGGGUUGAAGCUGAUUUCAAGGCGAUUGAUGCUAUCAUUGACUAUAUUUAUCAAUACAAGUAUAUUCCAAUCGAGCUUCGGAUGCUGAGGGACCAACUUGGCAAUUUCAGGGGCAAUGAGGAUAACAUCUACGAUCAUCCCAGCUUAUGGGGAUUGGGUAGGAGACUUGUCUUCUUAAGAAACAUUUGGGAUUGGAGUUCGUUUGUCGGUGCUUUGUACCAAACCUACAUAGAGGCUUUUGAUGGUUUAGAAUUGGAUUGGUUUGGUCCGAAUUCAGGCUAUACUUGGCAACAUAGGGUUCCAGAAGAUUCUCCGAUUCAACAGUGUAUUGAUUGGAAGGACGAUGGUGAAUAUUCUGAAAGCAUUCAUUGCUUGGCUCGAUUGCUUCGUAAUGCUGUUGGACACAUUGGUGUAUAUUCUGACGAGGGAAGUGAGUUCACUCAGGAGAAACUUGAUGAUAUGAUAUCGAUUGUGUUCCCUGGAUUCCUAGUGGAGAUCGAGACGAGGUUGUUCGGCGUAUUUGGAACCACAUUUUUUACUUUAUGAAUGAAACUUCUACUGGUUAUGUUGGCAAACUUGUUCUGUUGUUAUUCUGUUUGUUUGAACAGUUGUGCUGAAACUUCUACUUGUUAUAUUGGCAAAUUUGUUCUAUAAUUCUGUUUGUUUUAACGGUUGUGUGGAAACUUCUACUUGUUAUGUUGGCAAACUUGAUCUGUAAUUCUGUUGUUUGUUUGAAAGGUUGUGCUUGAAACUCUUUGUUACC